AGGAAACAUUAUUGCUAGCCGGCUUGUUGCACCAACCUCAAUUUGCCGAAUCGCAAAAUAUACGUACACUUCAUCCAAUUGAGUGAAAAUGUCGAAUCUUGCCAAUCUUGAAUUUGUGGCCCUUGAUAUUACCGGAAAGAAUUAUUUAUCAUGGGUGUUAGAUGCUGAAAUACACUUAGAUGCUAAAGGGCUUGGUGAAACAAUCAAAGAGGCUAAUGAGGCAACACCUCAAGAUAAGGCUAAGGCCAUGAUAUUCCUUCGCCAUCACCUCCAUGAAGGACUCAAAAACGAAUAUUUAACUGUGAAAGACCCACAAAUCCUUUGGAGUAAUCUAAAGGAAAGGUAUGACCACCAAAAAACAGUGAUACUCCCUAGAGCUCGUUAUGAAUGGUUGAAUUUGAGAUUGCAAGAUUUUAAAUCUGUUAGUGAAUAUAACUCAGCUAUGUUUAAAAUAACUUCUCAAUUGAAAUUAUGUGGAGAAAAUAUUACUGAUGCAGAAAUGCUUGAAAAGACAUACUCCACUUUCCAUGCUAAUAAUAUUGUCCUACAGACACAAUAUAGAGAAAAAGGUUUUAAAAAAUAUUCUGAAUUAAUAUCUUGUCUUCUUGUGGCUGAGCAAAAUAACGAGCUGUUAAUGAAAAAUCAUGAAUCACGUCCUACUGGCUCUACUCCAUUCCCUGAAGCAAAUGUGACAGCCCAUAAUGGGAAAGAAACUAAAAACAGAGACCAUUCCAGCAGUAGUGGUCGAGGUAGAGGUCGUGGUCGUGGUCGUGGCCAAUGGCGCGGCCGGGGUCGUGGACGUGGAUAUGGUAGAGGUCGUGGAGGUCCUUUCACAAACUCACAAUCCCACCAGAAGUGGGAACGUAGGGAUGAAAAAGAGAAAAGUGAUAACAAUAUAUGUUACCGUUGUGGAGGAAAAGGUCAUUGGUCUCGGGUUUGUAGAACUCCAAAGCAUGCAAACCUUGUUCUUGAAGAUGGUGAAGGUGAUUUUGAUUUUGGUAAUGCCAAUCAAUUUGAUGUUGGUGAUUUCCUUACUUCCCCGGAAGGGAAUAAUUUUGAUUUUGGCAGUACAACACAUUUAGAAGUUGUCGAUUUCUUCACUGCCCCAGAAGGGAAUAAUUAAAAUUAUAUUGUUUUAUGUCAGUAUUAGACUCAUGUUUGCUUAUUCUAGUGAUUUAUUUAAGUUUAUUUCUUUCAUUGUAAUAAGGAUUUUUGCUUUAUAAAUUUAAGAACUAUUUGAGUGUUUUUAUUGAUUUAUGUAUUUUAUCAUCUUUAUUUUUUUGCUUAAUAUUUUGACAUGUAUUUUAUUUCAUGAAGAAGAUGGAUAUAACUCAAGUUCGAUUUGCUAAUGGUGAAGAAUUAUGUCUUGCUGACAGUGCAACUACUCAUACAAUACUUAAAAAUAAAAAAUAUUUCUCUCAUUUGAUGAUGAAAAGAACUAAUGUGAGUACCAUAUCGGGUAG